CCGUAUCCUUUGCUUUGCCUAGUCAAGCGUCUAGUGUUGCUGACUUAGCUACAGAUUGACUACAACCAACCAGCAAUACAUGUUUCUGCGGCAUAAUUCAUUAAUCUAAAACACAACAGCCUACCUGGUGUCCGAGGGGAAUGAGUGGCGUGUGUGUGGGCAGUGCUGGCGUGACCGGGCCCUGCAGCUGCCUCUGGUGACAGGGACAUGGGACUCUCGCCCCCAGCUUGCGGUAGCCUCAGCCUCCUUCUCCUCCUCCACCUCAGCACCGACGCCCCUCCUCAGCAGACGUCCUCACACACACGCGCCGCCGCCGCCGCCGCCGCCGCCGCGCUCCAGGAGCCCCGCGCACACACACGCGCGCUCGCGCUCCCGCUCCGCAGCUCCCCACCGCCACCGCCCAGCAGGACCCCACCCCGCGACCAGCAGCAGAGACCGCAGAGGGUCCCGUGCCUGUGGUAGGAGCUGGGCCGUGUCCCCUCUCUGAUCUCUGAUGAGGAUGUCUGAGACAGUCGCUGCCAAGGAGCGGCCCGAGGUGAUGAAGGUUCCCGAGGUGAUGAAGGUUCCCGAGGUGAUGAAGACCUCCGAGGUGAUGAAGGCUCCCGAGGUUGCCGAGAGCGACACCAGCGCCACCGACACCGACACCGACACCACCACCACCACCAGCAGCAGCAGCAGCAGCAGCAGCAGCAUCGCUACCGUUAGCGUUUGCGUGAGUGGCAACGGAACCGACCCGCUUCCAGCCCAGACUCAGCCCCCCACACAGAACCAGAAUCAGAGCCAGAAUCUGAGUCCACCCCAGCGCGCAGCCAGCAGCGAGCCCGACCAAUCAGAAGAGAGCUGCCAUGACGACAAGACCGAGGUGCAGGUACAGCCGAGUCCCCAAGCAGCUGGUCCUCCCGUGAGAAGGUCUAAGUCCAAUGCAAAGUUAAAGUUAGUUCGGAGCCUGGCUGUUUGCGAAGAAUCCUCUCCUCCUCCGUCUAUUACCGAACUGCCUCAAGAGCACCAGGAUCAGAUCCACAUCCAGCUGUCCCAGUCGUUCGAGAGAGAUGAGCCGGCAGUUAAGGAUGAGGAGGACAAGGAGAAGAGCUCGGAGAAGACGACGGAGAGAUCCGACAAAAUGCCACGGAAGAUGCUGUCUAGAGAUUCCAGCCAAGAGUACACAGACUCUACAGGCAUCGAUCUUCAUGAGUUCUUAGUAAACACGUUAAAAAACAAUCCCCGGGAUCGGAUGAUGCUGCUUAAGUUGGAGCAAGACAUUCUGGACUUCAUAAGCAAUAAUGAAAGCCAGAAGAGAAAGUUCCCACCCAUGACCUCGUACCACCGGAUGUUGUUACACCGAGUAGCGGCUUACUUCGGCCUCGACCACAACGUCGAUCAAACGGGGAAAUCAGUCAUCAUCAACAAAACUAGCAAUACAAGAAUACCGGAUCAGAAGUUCUCAGAACAUAUCAAAGACGACAAGACCGACGACUUCCAGAAGCGCUACAUCUUGAAGCGGGAUAACUCCAGCCUGGACCGAGAUGAUGGCUCGAUGCGAAUGCGCCUGAAAGACGACCGGCGGAGCAAGUCCAUCGAGGAGCGAGAGGAGGAGUACCAGCGGGCGCGGGAUCGAAUAUUUGCACAAGACGGCCAAGAUCAUUUUCAGCUAGAGAAAAGGAUCCAGGAAGACGAGACAGUGACAGGCAUCAGCACCCAGCAGCGGAGGCAGAUAUUCAGGUUGAGGGAUGGGCGCUCGGCGAACAGUCGCCAGAGCAGCUCGGAGAACGAGCCGAAGUACGGCGACCCGCGGCCGUGGAGCAGCACGGACUCGGACAGCUCGCACCGCAACCUCAAGCCGGCCAUGACCAAGGCCAGCAGCUUCAGCGGCAUCCCCGUGCUCAUCCGCGGGGACAGCUCCGGCAGCAGCAAGAGCGCCGGACGCCUCUCCAAAACAGGUUCGGAGUCAUCUAGUAGUGUAGGCUCCUCGACGGGGUCUCUCCCUCGACCCCAGGCUGUUCCGCUGUCCCUCCCUCCGACAACGGCGGCGACGGCGGUGGUGGUGGAGGCUCGGGCCCCCGCUGGUCCCUCCGGGGCCCCCCUGGCCCCCCCUCCAGCCGUGGCCCCCCCUCCUCCGGUGUCCCAGCCCUCGUACCCGCCCGUCAGCUCCUCCGGUGGUGGCUGUGUGGCGUACGAGCCGGCACGUGGCGGCACCGGGCACCAACAACACCACCAACACCACCACCACCACCAUCAUCCUCUAACGGGGGCGCCACCACCGCCACCACAACAACAACCACAACAACCACAACAACCACAACCGCCGCCACCCUCUUCCUCUAACACUACUAGCUACUAUCUACUUCCUGUUGAAGCUGCGGGGAUCCCGCCCGGCAGUAUACUGUUCAACCCGCAUACAGGCCAGCCAUUCGUCAAUCCUGACGGAAGUGCGGUGGUCUACAACCCCAGCAUGACCUCACAAGGGCGGGGCCAACAGCCCCUGCCCCUCCCACCUCCUCCGCCGCCUCCCCCGCCUGUGCCACACCAGCCAACCAAUCACGUGCUCAGCCAGCCCAUGCGUCCUCUCCAGUCCACGGUGACGCAGCCUGUCCAAUACUCCACCAUCUCUUUCCAGCCUCAGCUCCUGCCUGUCUCCCCUAACCAACAAUACACUGUGGCGCAGGAUAGCUUGAGCUGCCAGUUUAGCCACCUGGGCAUGGUCCAGCGGCAGCCGUCGGGCGAGGGCCCCGACCCCCACACUGCCAUGUACCCCUCCUCUGUGGUGGUGCAGGCGCCCCAGCAGCCCAGCUACGUGGUUGGCCCGCCCGGACAGCCAGUCCCGCCCCCGUCAGCCUACCCGCCCAAUCACGCGCCGCCGCCACCGCCGCCCGUCAACCAACAAGUCAUGCAGCAGCAGAGCUACAUGGCACAGCCCAUGCAGCAGAUGACUGCGUGCUACUGCGCUCCAGGGCAGUAUCCACACUCCAGCCAACAGCACUACCGGCCCGUCACACCCCUACACUACAGCAGUGCUCAGAGCCAGCCUGUACCGCAACACCCUCAACAGACAGGUUACCAGACUGUGAUGCCAAAUCAAGCUCCGGGCUACCAGAGUGUAGUGGGAGUGCAACAGCCUCAGAAUCAAAGCCUGGUGAGCAGCCAGCACAGCAAUAUGGGCAGUCAGAUGCAAGGCAUGAUGGUCCAGUACCCUCCAAUGCCAUCCUAUCAGCAGGUAUCAAUGCCCCAAGGAUCUCAGAGCAUGCCUCAACAGACAUAUCAGCAGCCAAUCCUGAUCCCAAGCCAAGGCAACCAGGGGCACAUGCCCUCGUCAGGCAUGCAGGUCUACUAUAGUGUGCUUCCACCCAACCAGCACACCACCAUGAGGGUGAUGAAGCAGGGCCUUGGCCAGUGGAUUAGUGCCCAGAGAGGCCACCAGAGUGCUGGCUCCACAGUGGGUUUCCUGCCCCCGCCGGGCUCUGAGCAGAUGCCGUUCCCCAGGCCCACGUCCCCCUGCAGUUCGCAGCCAAUCCCGACGCAGCCCUGCUCAGGUGUGCACGCGCCCCCAGGGAGCGGAGGCGUGGUGAUGAUGCAGCUGACGGUCCCCCAGUCGCACCAGCCGCGAGCCCUCUCCCCUCAGCAGUGGAAGCACAACAAGUACUACAGCCUGGACCACCAGCGCAGCCUCAAGCUCCCCGACAACACGCCGCUCGACACCUCACAGGGCAGUCCCCAGCUGGGCAGUCCCUCCAGCUCCCCGGCGCCCCCCUCCCCCACCCCGGCCCACCUGGCCAACAUGAAGAACGUCCGUCCCGGCCUCGCCCCCCUGCCCAUCAUGCCUCACUUCUCACGACCCUUCGUCCCUGGCCAAGGUGAUACACGGUACCCUCUCCUUGGGCAGCCCCUACAGUAUAACCCCCCCAUACGGCCCCCGCUGCUCCACGGAUCACACAUGGUCCCCAACCACCAUCACCCCCACCAGGGCCCUAUGGGUAUCCGGCAUGGCGGAGGACGAGGCAGGAAGCCGACGCGGAAGGCUCUCUCCACUGAUCUCAGCUGAGCGGGCGUGUUCUGGAGGUGACGGCCUUGCUGGAUGGGCGGAGCCGUGUGGCGAGGUGGACUUCCUGCUUCCUGCUGGGCGAACUGACUCGAGCCGCCGCCACCCUUUGCCCCAGCCCCUCCCCCCAGCCCGUACCUGCCCUCACCUGCCCCUCCCUCCUCCCCCUUAGCCCCGCCCAGUGGACCCCGCGCACGUCGGGACCUCGAGCGGCCAUCAACCCACCACCCCUCCUUCCUCCGCGGACACCCCCGACGGGGUCCUGCUCUCGGCCGCAGGCCCUCACCACCACGCUGUUAUGUUCUUGUUGGCGAGGCGCCGCUCCACCAUCCUCCCCACACACGCGCUCGCGCGGCCUCCCAGAAUGCCCUGCUCAAGCACAACAGCUCGUCGUCGCCCCCUCAUCAUCGCCAGCUGCCCGCACGCCCUCCCGCCCGCCAGCAGGCCACGAACUAGCAGGAGAGGCGUCAACACCGAACACACACAUACACACACGCCCUGCAGCGACCCGGCUCCCACUGAGGAUCGGUUGGGAGGGGGGGGGGGAGGGAUAAACUGAAAAAUAUAUACACACACACACACACACACACUCUCACACACUCAUAAAUCCCCCACCCUCACAUCGUAACACCCCCUCUCUCUUGACACCACCAUGGCCUUGGCCUCAGUUGACACCCACACACAGAUACACACACACACACAUCUCAUCUUGUACCCACUGUUGGCCUCACACACACACACACACACAAACACACGCACGCACACACACACACACACACAGCACGCAUACACAAUGGGAUUUUCACCCAAGUUAUAAGGGACUAUUUUUUCGGGGAGGGUUGGGGGGGGGGGGC